UCAGCAACUGGUCCAAAGUUGUGGUGAUUGUAUGGCUGUUUGUAGUUCUAAUAUUAACUUCCAGUUACACUGCAAACCUAAGCUCAAUGCUAACAGUUCAUCAGCUUCAGUCCAUGCCCAAAGGUGAAUCUAUCGUUCUCCCUUUCAACAGUCCAGCUGACCAGAAAUUUCUGAUCGAUCUACCCUUCAAAAAGCACUCUUCUUACCCUUUGAGAAAGGUGGAAGAUUAUGCAAAUGCUCUGAGAGAUGAAAGCCAAAAAGGUGGUAUCUCAGCAAUUAUUGAUGAAAUUCCUUAUGUAAAGCUCUUUCUUUCCAAGUACUCUGAUCAAUACACCACGGUUGAGACCUCACUCUAUGGCACCGAAGGAUUUGGCUUUGCUUUUCCCAAGGGGUCACCUUUAGUCCCUGACAUUUCUGCAGCAAUAGCAAAAAUGAGAGAAGAGGGAAAACUCUACUUGAUAAGCCAAAACUGGUUUCAAAAUCAUUCUUUAUACACAAAUCAAGAUUCUGCAGCAAAAGUUGCCAGACUUGACUCAUACAGCUUCCGUGGUCUCUUCCUUAUCACAGGCAUCACUUCAGCUUUAGCUGCGAUAGCAUCCCGUAAAUAUAUGAAGAAAGAAUCAACCACUUUGCAAAAACACGAUGUUGCUGAUAAACCUGUUGAAGAGAAGUUCUCGCUAGUUAGUGAUAUCCCAUCAAGAAGAACUGGUUCGAAACACAUCAGAAGAUAUUCCUAUUGACUUGGAAGAAAAUGUGAGGUCCUUAAGUGAUGUAGAUGCCGACCAAUAUCGUGGUGCUUAUAUGUGGCAACAUACCAGGAACUUUGAAGCUUCUUAGGAUUUUUUAGCUGUAGGGAUGAAGA